CUAAAUUUUCUUUUAACUAUAUCAAAAUUGUAGGUAUUAUAAAUUGUUUUCUCGAGUAUAGAGCAUAAGUAUGAGUGGAAGGAUCCAUCGAGUAGUCGUGUCCUUAACGGACGCAAUGCAUAAAGUUCCCAGCAGCAUUCGGGAAAGUCUACUGGACUGCGAGAUCAAUAUAUUGGACAAGACCACAAUGCUGAUGCGCUUGAAGAGUGGAAUUGACGGCUUUAGAUCGCCACGUUACUAUCAGCAGAUGCAGUUCGAUGCCGUGGGAUACGAGGAUGAUCGACAUGUGCGCUGCCAACUGAACGAAAUGUUGGUGCAAAUGUUUCGUCAUCAUCGUCAUGCCUGUCUGCUGCGUCUGACGCCUCGGCGUGCUCACAAUGUGAAACUGAUGACGCGUCUGCUCGUAUCUGAUGUGGAUAAGAUCUUGGAGAAGUUGCCAUAUCACCUCGAGGCCAUCAAUGUGGAGUUCCAUGAUCUGCGCAAGUUCGACAUGAUCAACAUGCUCGCCUUAACUCAUCGUAGCCACCGUAGCCGGGAUCAACCAAGUCGACGAGAAAUGCAAACAACUCGGGAGAUGUUCCAAUGGCUGCAUCGCGAGUAUAGUGCACUACGUGGACGCGGCACUGGCGAUGACUUCAUCAAUGUGGAGUUUGUUCUAACCGAUGGCUUUCAGAAACAACACAGACUCAAUCUGGCCAUCUUUAACAUCUUUGAUUGCAAUGAACGCUCGGAUAUUGGCAGCUUUUUCAAGGAACUUCCCACGGGCAGACAAUGCAAGAGCACGUUGCUUACGGACUGCAUCAAGGAAUCCUUUGACUCGAAACGUGGCAUCUUCACUUUGGUGCUGUGCGAAAUGCCUUUGGACAAGGAGUGUGCUCGGGAGAUGCACAAAUUCCUACAGCUGGCAGAUAUGGCCUGCAUGAAUAUUGGUACAUCCAGCAAAUCGGAUCUGCAAGUGAAACCCUUGGACUCGACACUUUCAUUAGAAUGCCAGUCAAGGAGCAGCUCAACGAGAAGCAGUGAGAACAAAUUUCAGCGUUGCUGUCCCUUGAAUCUCUCCGCUGACGAUCACAGUAAACUAGCGUCGUGGUAUCAACGCAUUGACGACAAGUUUGCCGAGGUUAAGGUCUGCAUGGAGAGACAUUACAAUGUGCAGUAUCGCCAAAAGUUUCUCAAAAUCUGCAAAGAGCUGAAAAACUUGCGUUCAUUGCAGGAUAAAAGCGGCGGAGAUGCCAGUCGAUCAAUGCUUAAAAAUGGUAUCAAAGAUGAAGCAAUUACAGCCAAAUAUAUGGAGGUGCUAAAUCAAUUUCGUCAGCUGGAAAAGGAGGUGCAGAAAUCCACUUUAGCCAGCACCUUGUCAACCUAUAUAAUUACCAAGAACUACGCACUUGUUAAAGCAGAGAAGAAUCUGCAAGAACGAGAAAUGGCCAAUCUUCAAGAGCAUCGAAGCCGAAUCAAAAUUGGAUUUUGGUAGUAGUACUGUAGUUCCCGUUUACUGUACAGACAAACUAUUUGCAACCAGCUAAAAUUAUUAUUAAUUAUUUUUGUUGUUUAA